AUGUCAAAUACUGUCAGCCUUUUCCUCCUCGAGCAUUUGCACUGUGAGAGAGUGAGAAUCAUUCUUAGCAUUUAUUCUUUUGAUAUAGCAUUCCCUGAUUCAGUGUUUUCCUCUGGAGCAAGGAAGGAGUCUUCAACGUCGGUUACACAGUUAUCAAAGCAUUUUGGUACAGAUAACAUCUCAAUAUUAGCAUGCAUAGUUCCUUGAUGCUUUUGAAUAUAUUUUUUUUGCAAUUCAUUAUUUAUCAUUCCUUCAAAAGAUAUGUAUUUAGAUUAACUGUUAAAAUGGGUUGAGAUACUGCUUUGUUAGGAACCAUAUGUAUGGCAUGUUUUGAUCCCUCAUCCUAACUGUAGGAGUGGCAUCAUUAGUUUGUAUGUCAG